AUGUUAAUAUUUUUCAAACUUCAUUUGAAGUGUAGGGAUGUAAUGUUCUUUCUCUGAGAAACUCCACAGCAGGCAAAAGCCGAAGCACGCCGCUUAUAGAAACACCGCCACCACUUUCAUCCGUCGAUAUUCAUCUCCGGUGACGCAUAUUUCUUUGUAGUGAAGACUGCCUUUAAGAAUAAGUCAUGGUGGGCUGGCAUCGACAUGUGCAUUCUUUGUUCCAAAAGGUUGGGAAAAGAGUGGAAAGCAGCUAUCACACCUAUGCAAACUUUUCCAUUUCUCCAUUGAAGUUAUCUCAAAUUCAAGGUGUGCCACCUCAUAUGCAGCUCCUUCGAGUUCCACCUUCAAUAAACGUGUCAAGACCUUUAUAUCACUAUUUCCACCAGUUGGGAUUUACUAGUACAAGAAGAUUACUUUCAUCUGAAGCAACCCCGGGUCCUUCUCCUCUAACACCAACAUUGGCUAUAGGCAGUGGGAAAGCUGAACCUGAGAAAGCUGUUUCCAAACCUUCAAAAGUCCAAGCAGUUCUCAAAGACAUAAAACAGAGCCCAAAGAAGGUGAACUUGGUUGCUGCAUUGGUUCGUGGGAUGCGUGUUGAGGAUGCUCUAUUACAGUUACAGUUGACAGUAAAACGUGCUUCAAAAACUGUCUACCAGGUGAUCCACUCAGCCAGAGCUAAUGCCACACACAAUCAUGCAUUCGAUGCAGAUCGCCUUAUCGUUGCGGAAGCAUUUGUUGGGAAGGGAUUUUUCAAGAAAAGGGUGUCAUAUCAUGCGAAAGGUAGAAGUGGAGUAAGAGUGAGACCCGAGUGUAGACUAACAGUUGUUCUAAGGGAAAUAACCCCUGAAGAAGAAGCCGAAAUUGCCAGGCUAAAAGUCCACAAUUUCACAAAACUCACCAAGCGAGAGAGGCGCCUCGUGCCACAUAAGCUUAUUGAGACAACCCCCAUCUGGAAUCGCAAAGGUAACCCUAGAAAUCACCAAGAACAACCUCCUGCCAUGGCUGCAUGAAAUUCCUACACUUCUUUACUUUUGUUUUCAUGGACAUUGUAAAAACAUAAUGUUGUUUGUGGUCAAACUAUGGGGUUGAAUUUGAAUGAUGGGAAACCUCAGGGGUUGAUUUUGAAUAAUUAGGAAUCUUGAGACUA